GCCGCUUCAGCGCCGCCUCUCUCCCCGUUGGAUGUUUUACUUUUAGAGACACGCCGGGGAUCGGUGUUUUAUUAUACCCCGGAAAGCGGUGCAAAGAUGGGUUCGGUUCCAGUCCUGUGCGUCCUUGCUCUCUGCAUCAUAGCCCAGGCUUUGGCCGUCUAUGUUGAGGCUCUGGCAGCCAAUGCCGGCACAGGGUUCGCCGUGGCAGAACCUCAGGUAGCCAUGUUCUGCGGGAAGCUCAACAUGCACAUCAACAUCCAGACCGGUCGCUGGGAACCCGACCCUUCGGGGAGCCAGAGCUGCAUGGGAAGCAAAGAGGCCGUUCUGCAGUACUGUCAGGAGGUGUACCCAGACCUGCAGAUCACGAACGUGGUGGAAGCGAAUCAGCCAAUCAAGAUUGAGAACUGGUGCAAGCUGGGGAGGAAGCAGUGCAGAGGUCACGCCCACUCUGUGGUGCCAUUCAAAUGCCUGGUGGACAAGUUUGUGAGUGACGUGCUGCUGGUCCCAGAGAAGUGUGCCUUCUUCCACAAAGAGAUGAUGGACAUGUGCGUCGGUCACCAGCAGUGGCACGGAGUGGCCAAGGAGGCAUGUGCCAAGGCCAGUGCCACCCUAUAUAGCUACGGCAUGCUGCUGCCCUGCGGCAUCGAUAAAUUCCAUGGGACGGAGUAUGUGUGCUGCCCGCCAUCACGGCCCACGGCGCCCUCCCCCGCCCAGGCGUCCCAGGAGGAGAGCGAGGAUGAGGAGGAUCAGGGCGCAGAGCUGGACGAGGCUUAUGAGAGCGAGACCGAGGAACCUGGCGAGGAACCAACACAGAAGGCAGAGGGUAAUGAGGAGUACCACUACGCGUAUGAGGAUGAGGAGGAUGAGGAAGAUGAGGGGGAGAGGCAGCCUGGAGGGCAGGACAGCCUGGAUUCGGGCAGGGCGCUCGAGGAGUUCAAAGCCUCACCCCAGCCUGCUGAUGCUGUGGAGAUCUACUUCGGGACCCCGGCGGACGACAGGGAACACAGCCGCUUCCAGAAGGCCAAGGAGCAGUUGGAGGUUCGGCACCAAAGCCGUAUGGAGAAGGUGAGAAAGGAGUGGGAGGAAGCUGAGCACCAGGCCAAGAACCUGCCCAAGGCAGAGAGGCAGACACUCAUCCAGCACUUCCAGGCCAUGGUGGAGUCCCUGGAAGAAGAGUCGGCCAACGAGAAGCAGCAGCUGGUGGAGACCCACCUGGCACGAGUUGAGGCCAUGCUGAAUGAGCGCCGGAGGCUGGCUUUGGAGGCCUACCUUGCCGCCCUGCAGGCCGACCCCCCCAGGCCCCACCACGUCCUGCAGGCCCUGAAGCGGUACAUGCGCACGGAGAACCGUGACCGCCGGCACACCAUACGGCACUUCCAGCACGUCCUGGCUGUAGAUCCCGGGAAGGCGGCGCAGAUGAAGUCGCAGGUGAUGACGCACUUGCGCGUCAUUGACGAGAGGGUGAACCAAAGCUUGUCACUACCCUACACAGUGCCCCAUGUGGCAGAGGCGAUACAGGACGAGAUCGAUGAGAUUGUCUGGGAGCAGAAGUCUGAUAUGGACCAGUUCCUGUCCUCCAUCUCAGAGUCCCAGCCUGAUGUCACCCUGCCCUCGGAGGGCAGGCCUCGCUACCCCUUCAGGGUAACCUCUCUGGGCUCGCAGCCGGACCCUGAGGGGUUCAGGCUGGAUGGGCUGAUCGGAGCCGAGGAGAGAGUCAUCAAUAGCCAGACCCGGCUGAAGGAGAAAGUGGUGAUCGAUGAAUCCCUGGAUGUUAAAGAGGCUGUUUACAGCGCAGACCGACCUGGUGUUUCAGUUAACGAAGCUCUGGAAUCAUAUCGGCCUCUGGGGGAGGACUUCAGCUUCAGGACCGGAGUUCUGGUUGGUCUCCUGGUAACCACUGUUGCCAUAGCGACAGUGAUUGUGAUCAGUCUGGUGAUGCUGAGGAAGAGGCGCAAUGGCACCAUCAGCCACGGUAUCGUGGAGGUCGACCCCAUGCUGACCCCUGAAGAACGUCACCUGACCAAGAUGCAGAACCAUGGCUAUGAGAACCCCACCUACAAAUAUCUGGAGCAGAUGCACAUCUAGGCCAAGCAGACAGAGGUCGCUGUGGAGCUAAGAGGAGACUGAAAGCGUACUACUGAUGUUCAUUUUGAUCUGGCACAGCGGUGUUAAACAUGUUUCAUAAGAAAUGAAAAAAUCGGGUAACACAAUUCAUGCAUUUUGCUGCUGCAGGUACCACUUAUCCUAGUGUGUGUUUCUUUGAAGACGGUCAUUGAAUCUGGCCUUUAAGUGUGUCAGCGGCGAUCCCUGCCACGGGUAGACCAAUGCUUUUUGUUAAAACGUGCAGAAAUGAAGUGUCAGCGUUUCACAGUCUUAACUGCUUCGACAUUACCAACGGUUGCUGCUCUGAGGGAACUGGGAGACCCUUGGUUCCGUUUUCAGAGAGUCUGUGAAAUGGAGUUUUGAAGAUGAAAUGUAAAUGUUUUUUUGUUUUUUAGAAACAGGCUGCUUGUAAAUGAAGGCUAUUUGACCCGAGAUUAAAUGUACAUUGAAACAAAUUGGAAACCUCAUUUCGUGCCAUUUGGAAAUCACAGCUUGAUUGGUUCACUUCCUUCCCCACCAUAGUCUACUUCACUUACAAACACCUCCCAUCCCCCUACAACCAGGAAGCGAUUUCAUACUUGGGUGGUAAAUAUGACCCAUGUGAGGUCCAAGAGAUUCAGGAUCUCGGACCCCUUAAUGUUUAUAUAUGACAGUACAGUUAAGUGUUACCAUCACUGCUUUUUUAAGGUGAAACUAUGGGGUUUUCUUUCAGAUUUUCAGGUUCUAUGCGGGAUGGCGUUGCGUGACACUCUCACUGUGCAGUGACAUGGCUUACCCUGAGAAAUCUGCUUUUAAGUGGGGUGAGGUCAAUCGGAAUAAUUGUCAUUACAGUGAUUCGACUGAAACAUGUUGGAAGAAUGUCAAUAAAUUCACUACUUCCAUAGA